CUCAGCAUCCGCCAUUGUUAUUUGAACCCCCUUCUCCUUUCUCUCCUCCUCAUAUACUCCUUCUUCUCUCCUUCUCCUUCAUCUUCAACGACAUGGUGAGCCAGAACAAGCCCACCCCCUUAGACGGCGUCGAUGGCAAGCUGGUGGACAGCCCUGCUCCAAACAGGCUCAGAGCUUGCCAUUUGUUGCUCCGAUUCCUCGCCGUCGCACUCACUCUCAUCGCUACCUUCAUCGUCGGCGUCGACAAAGAGACCAAGACCAUUACCUUUUUCGCCGGCUUGCGCUUGCAAGCCACUGCUCACUGGAAAUACAUGUCUGCUUUCGUGUAUUUUCUGGUGUCGAAUGCCAUAGCAUGCUCCUACGGGGCAGCUUCUCUGGUGAUAACAGAGGUGGCGGCGAGAAGAAGCAACAAUGGCAACAACUUGAAACUGAAGUUGGUGGUGACGAUGUGCGACCUGGUGAUAAUGGCUCUGCUGUUUUCGGCCGACGGAGCGGCGGCCGCAGUAGGAGUGAUCGGACAGAAAGGGAACGCGCACGUGCAUUGGAUGGAGGUAUGUGAUGAGUUCAGCGCGUAUUGCCGGCACAUGACCACCGCCGUAGUUAUCUCUCUCGUCGGCUCAACGGCGUUUCUCGGCCUGGUGGCUCUCUCUGCUUUCAGACUCAACUAAUACAUGGAACAUCCCCCUUGAAGCCCACUCUGUGUUUCUCUUUCAGGCCACCGGAACUCUCUCCCUGUCUUUGAAGAUGAUGCCAUAUCGUUGUUAAACGCUUAGUUAAUGUAAUGCUUUUGCUCUGUAGUAAAUUCUCAGACCAGUUGGUGGAUAGGUCUAUUUAAUUAGGUGCCGUAGCACUGCGUAAUGUUGAAUAUAUAUAAAAGCUAGGUCUCUUUAGUUUAAUUGAUUCUGAAUGUCCUCUAUGGUUGAUGAUC